AUGGCGGCGGCCGCGGCGGCGGCGCUGCGGGCCUGGUUCUGGAACGAGCGGUUCUGGCUCCCGCACAACGUGACGUGGGCGGACCUGGCCGGCGAGCCGGGUCCGCCGGGCAGCGGGCUGCAGUACCCGCGGGCCGCUCACGUCCUCUCCGCCUUCCCGCUGGCGCUCGGCAUCUUCGCCGUGCGGCUGCUCUUCGAGAGGUUUAUUGCCAAGCCAUGUGCCAUAAACCUUGGCAUUCAGGACAGUGGACCUCACAGAGCCCAGCCCAAUGCAAUUUUAGAGAAAGUGUUUACAUCCAUCACUAAGUCUCCAGAUGGAAAAAGGUUAGAAGGCUUGUCCAAGCAGCUGGACUGGGAUGUCCGAAAGAUCCAGCGCUGGUUUCGGCAUCGGAGGAACCAGGACAAACCCACCACCCUCACGAAAUUUUGUGAGAGCAUGUGGAGAUUUACAUUUUAUUUCAGUAUAUUUUUUUAUGGAAUCAGGUUUCUCUGGACGGCACCCUGGUUUUGGGACACACGACAGUGCUGGUACAACUACCCUUUCCAGCCUCUAACAUCCAGGCUUUAUUAUUACUAUAUCUUGGAGCUGGCCUUCUACUGGUCCCUCAUGUUUUCUCAGUUUACAGACAUUAAAAGGAAGGACUUCCUGAUCAUGUUUGUCCAUCACCUGGCCACGAUUGGACUGAUCACCUUCUCCUACAUGAAUAACAUGGUGCGGGUUGGAACUCUGGUGCUGUGCCUCCAUGAUGCUUCAGAUUUCCUCUUGGAGGCUGCAAAACUGGCCAAUUAUGCCAAGUACCAACGUCUGUGUGAUGCUUUCUUCAUGCUCUUUGGGGUCGUGUUCAUCGUGACCCGCCUGGGCAUUUACCCUUUCUGGAUUUUGAACACAACCCUGUUUGAAAGCUGGGAGCUGAUCGGUCCCUACCCCUCCUGGUGGCUGUUCAACGGGCUCCUGGUGACCUUGCAGGUCCUGCACGUCAUCUGGUCCUACCUCAUCAUCCGCACGGCCUCCAAGGCCCUGGUGAGGGGCAAGGUGACCUAGCCAGAGAAAGGACUCUAGCUCUGUCUUCUUCAUUCUUUUCUCCUUUUCUCUGUGCCAGAUUGGAGCUGGACAGUUUCACCCUGUGCAUGUAAGUGUGACCUGUGUUUCUGUUUGUUCACUGAAACACGUCUGUGUCGAGGCCCCAAGACAAAAGCAGAGCCCUGGUGCCUUCUCCUUCUCUCCCUGGUCCUGACAGAAUGCUAAAAUACUGUUUUUUCCAAAGGUCAGAGCAGUGUCCUGGGGUCUGUUCUCACUUGCUGUCACCUGCCUGCACAACCUUCACUUUGUGCUUUUACACACCCACACACUCCAGUUUCUGUCUUUGCUCCCCAUCAGCACCACACUGAGGGGAGAGGGCAGGAAGAAUUUACUCCUUUUUGUGAAAAGGAGUGAAACAGUCACUUCUCCCCCAAGAACAGAAAAAAUGUCAAGGGAUUUCUGCUUCCUUCCAGUGACCCUUUGAACUUCCAAUAUAGCAGGAGAUUGGGGAAAGAUAGCAAAAGUUCUGGCAACAGGCAGAAGCCAGGACAUCCAGAAAGCUCCUGGAGAUCAUUAACUCCACCUGGCUUCCAGCCAGAUCUUCCCUGGAGUUCGACCACUUCCUGCUGCUGCAGAGCCCUAAUCCUGACUCCAGGAGAGCAGAGUGAAAUCCUGGAACCCUUGGGAAGCUGCAAGGCAGAGUGCUGGCACAUGGAGUCACUGAGGCUGCAGAGGGAGGGCAGUGAGGGGCUGCUCUCCAGGCCCAGCUCACACUGGGGAGGUUUGCUCUGGCACCUGCCACCACCCCAGCUGUGUGUUUGCAGCUGGGGCCACGUUUAUGGGCUCUUCCCCUCCCCUCCUGCUGGGAAGGUUCAAAAUCCCACUUGCAAGUCAAACAGAGCUGGAUUUGCAGCAGUUUGAACUAAAGCAUGCUCUGCAAGGAUACCUGGAACCCUGGGCUGAGGCUGCUGCUGUUCUGAGCAGGUGUUUGCUGGAUCAGACACUGCCUUCAUUCUCCAUCCCUGUCCAAACAGGCUCCUGCUCCUAAAUGGGAUCUCCCAGAUGAAGCACAGGCUGUGGGAAUGGAGGUGCUCUGUUGGAGCAGUGAUGUGAUAAAUAAAGCUGCUUAAUUUUUAAAAUAGCAAAGCUGCUCCCUGUAGGACAAAACGUUCUCUCUCAAACUGACACAUUCCUGGUUUUUGGUCGUUGGACCCACUUGUGAUCAUGGCAUGAGAAAUUUUUGAUUCAAAACAAAUGGUUUAGGAAAAUGGCUUUUAACUGAUGUAGAGAGGAGCCCUUGGAGGACAAGAACAACACCAGAUCUGUAAAAUCAUCAUUCAGAGACACAGAAUAUUUGGGAAAUGGAGCUCAUCUUUCUAAAUUGUCUUUUUCAGUGUCUGUGUCUUGCUCCUAAUGUGAUGACAGGCUCAGCUUGAACUGAGCCAGGCUCAGAUGUAGGAGGUAGAUGUGAGUGCAGGUGGUUCAUCACAAGGACACAACCUUCUAACUGCUGCUUUCUGUCAAUUUUUCAACUCCCCUUCUCCUCUCCCACUCCCCAAUUCCACUGGCAAUGUUUAGGUGUCCAAGGAUGACCGCAGUGACGUGGAGAGCAGCUCUGAGGAGGAGGAUGUGACUUCCAACAGCACAAAAGGAAUUUUCAGCACUU